UGGAGUCUUCAUUUCUGCUGCCCCCUGUGGCCAAAAAUAAUCACUGCAUGCGAGUUGGCGGCCGGGCCAACCAAGGUUAGUUAUUAACUUAGCCUUUCCAGUCACUUCUGGGGAACCAAGAGCCGGGCAGUCACCGUGUCGAGGCAUGCUGCCGCCCGGUCCGCACAUCUUACCAUGGCUGACCGCGACCACAGCCCACCGGAGAGCGCUUUAGCCGGGGCCGACCACCUCACGGUAGUCUUCCACAAAGUUGCCAGUCAUGGCGAAUGUGGCGGCAGCGACGACGGCCGCUGGUGCGGCGACACCGAGCCGCCAGAGGCGAGGACCCACUUGCGGGCAUGGUGUGAGCACGACGGGGAUGCUGAGGAGGAGACGGCCGCUUCGAAGUUGCCGGAGGGCGGCGAGAGGGAAACGCUGUGCCCGCCGGCGGCGUCGUGCGUCACCAGGAGGGCAGCAUCCACCGGCGAGAUCGCGAGCCGAGGGAAACCAAAAAGAUGUCCAGGUAUUGGUUUGUUCUACGCCUUCCUGUCCACAGUCUUCUUUUCCAUCAUCUCCCUCUUGGUGAAGACCAUCCAGGGAGUGCACGCUAUCGAGAUCAGCGGCAUCCGCUGCUUCUUCCAGAUGCUCUUCAUUGUGCCCUUACUCAUUUACCACAAGACAGGGUUCCUGGGUCCUCGGGAUAAACGUCUGUAUCUGAUGCUGCGGGGCUUCCUUGGCUCCAACGCCAUGAUCCUGCUUUUCUACGCCGUACAGCAGAUGCCGCUGGCCGAUGCCACCGUCAUCAUGUUCAGUAAUCCAGUGUUUACCUCGCUACUGGCCUGGGUGUUCCUGAAGGAGAGGUGUACAAUCUGGGACUGCAUCUUUACUGUCUUCACCUUAACCGGGGUCAUCCUCAUCGCCCGGCCGCCAUUUCUCUUCGGAGAACAUAUCCAGGGCAUCGAGGGCAACUACGCAAACCACAUCAAAGGGACCAUCGCUGCCUUUGCAGGAGCGAUCGGGGCCGCGUGUACCAUGGUUGUCCUGCGCAAGAUCGGAAAGAGCGUCCACUACUACCUCUCCGUGUGGUAUUACGCCGUCAUCGGUUUCAUCGAGUGCGUCAUCACGGUCAGCAUCCUCGGGGAAUGGAAAAUCCCCGCCUGUGGCCAAGACCGUUGGAUGCUGAUGCUGAUCGCUGUCCUGGGCAUCGCGGGCCAGACCUUCCUGACCAAAGCCCUGCAGGUGGAGAAGGCCGGCCCCGUGGCCCUGACGAGGACCGUGGACGUGGUGCUCGCCUUCUUCUUCCAGUUCAUUUUCUUGGGCCGUGCGCCCAGCUGGUGGAGCCUCGGGGGGGCGCUGUGCAUCGUGUUGAGCACCAGCGGCGUUGCCUUGAGAAAGUGGUACAGCAACUCACGCAAGAGCUGAAAGCAGAUAGUUGGGUAUCAUCGCUAUUUAUUGAUACUGUUUUCACGCCCUACUGUUUUUGAUUUUUUUUCUGUACUUUAUUUGUUAUGAACAUGCAAAGCUGCAAGGAGGUUUAUAGUGGAGCCUCCAAAGUCGAGUCCAACCGUAACACUCUGGAGUAACACAAAAUUCAAACCAUCAAGUGUGAUUUUUACACACGGAUGCGCCGUUACCGUUUUAUCCGGAGCGAGUACAAGUGCUUACAUUUGAGUGUUUGCCAGUACCGAUACUUGAUAAUGGCAUUACGUCUUGUGAUUGUGAUGAACACAGUUGACAUGGCUCCUACGCAGAAAGUAUAUAUCGGGCUGGUGAUGUGGUAUCGGUGCGUACAGCGUCUGAGAAUUUUUACGAGUGCCGAUAGGUGCAUCCCUAUUUAAAAAAAAAAAAAAAAAAAAAAGGUCAGGCUUUAUGAUCCCUAAUUUUGAAAAGACGACUGUGGAAUCCAAACAGCGCGCUGACCAGAUUGUGUUUGACUUUGGGAGUUCCACUGGACCUUGUUUAGCAAAUGAGAGUAACACAAAGGUAGUUGAGCUUUAGUUAAACAUUUUCUUGACAUUUCUAAUGAAGCUGAAUGAUUUUACUCUUGUGCACUAGUGAGGAAGACAGCCACUGCUAAACCUGCAUUACACUUCCUAGUUUAUCUCUGUUCUUAUGUGCAAUACAAAAAUGUGGUGAAAGUGUGAACAUCACCGCAAUGAAACGGCUCGAUUCAGGACGAUCUUAGCUUGUCGUCCUCUGCCCCCUAUUUUUUUUUAGUUGAGCCUAAAUGAAGUAAGCAAAGCCAGCAUUAUGACAAUUGACACUGUGACCAAAAAAACAACCUCAUAGAAUGAUGAUAAAACACGUCUUAAAAGACUCAUGAUGCUGAGAGAUCACUCAUGGAUAAUAAACCCAGCAUGUUGAUGCACCAGCAAUUUUAGCGCUGAAACGAGGGGUGGGCAUUUCAGGUCGGCAUGGACUGUGUAGUCGUUAUUUUAAACAACAAAAAGUCACGCACUCCAUUCUGUUUCAAUCACUUCAAGAUGCCAUUGAAAACAAUACACAAUCAAAAUUAACAAUGACGGAUGAUUAUUAUGCCCAUCCCAACCUUAAACAUCAUGAAGUCCCCCCCCCCCAAGUAUGAAGCUUUUUGUUUGUUUUGUUUGUUACAUUACUUGGUUUAAGUGAAGUAGGAUUCUCUCAGGGAUCACUUUAGUUAAUUACUGGAAGAAUUUAUUUCAUCACAAAACGAUGCUUAAAUGUAAAUAAUUUAAAUGUGCCUUGACUGAACUCACCUUGAGGCAGCUCUCGGGGGUUGGGGAGGGGGUGGGGUGAGAGUAUUGGGACACAUGGCCAAGCAACCUGGGGGGAUUUUUGUCCCUUUUGUUUUUUUUUUGUUUUUUCCCCCUUCCAAAAAUCAUCAAUAUUGGACCUGAGAAAAGUGUUAUCUGUUUUUUUCGCCCUUACCAAAUUCAUCCAUGCACGCCUUUAUGAACCUUUCUAAAGUUCGCUAUCGAAGGGGUGCCACCCAAACGCUGAUUGAUUAUGUAAGACGUGUGUCCCAAUACUUUUACCCUCGGGUGUAUUUGCCAAACUGAAGCUUUGUAAAACCUCCUUGGGAGAAAUGUUAUUGACUUAAAUGCUGUAAUCGAUACAGUGGUGCCUUGAGAUACGAGUUUAGUUUUGAUUUUUUUUAAAGAAGAAAAAUAGCACUCUAUGAUAUUAUAUUUGAUAAAAACAGAAUGAUUUGAUUGAAAUAUAAUGUCAAGAGUUAAACACUGACACAUUUUUCUGCUUCGAUUCGAUGGACACUGUGCUGCUCCUUCUGGAGUGUGUGCCUUGGCCACCUCAGGGCAGUAUAAUACAGACAUACUGUACAUGGAGACUUGUCACAGCUCUUCAGUAAGUUGCAGUAAUAACUUGUUUUUUGCAGAGGAUGAAGAAAAUAUCCCUGUGAGUAUUGUUAGCUCUCUACACGUGUGGCUCCACCGUUUGUGUUCAAAUAUCCGUUGCUGAGAGUUAUAACACCACGACAUAAAUGCUAUUAGCCCGUCUAUGGUAUUUUGCAUUAUGUUGUAGCAUUAAGCUAGCAGGCUUUAGUCAGGCAAAGUUAUGUGUUUUAAAUACUCAACGUGUAAUUCUGUUUCAUGUUUCGUUUGACGAUAAACUCCAACUUGGGUUGGCAAUAAACACUUUGAACUAUCUGCCAAACUUCUGCUUGUUGUAAAGUCUCUCAAAUAUUUUGGCUCGCAACUCAAAGCAAAGAAGUCGGCCGAACUCGGGUCACUCGUUCCUCAAGGCACCACUGUACUUUGCUAUUUAUAAAAAAUAAAAAAUAAAAAAAAACAUGUUAGAUGUAAAAGUUUGCAUCUUCAGACGUCCUGCGGGUCUCAACUCUCGCUUAUUCAAGGUGGGCGUCAACACGUCACUUAAAUGGCAGCGCUGUACUGUAUACUCUGUUGUUGCGUGUUCUCUUCUUCAAGAAGUCAAAACUGAGUGUGCUAUUCCGAUGGGAAUAUAUUCACCUUGUGAAACAUGGGUUCACAAUAUUUAUUUAUACACAAUUAAGUAUCAAUUAUAGCUUUAUUCGCACAAAAUGAGCGUGCUGAGAGUAAGGCAUUACUUUUCAACCAAAUAUAUAUUUUUGCUUUUUGGCGCUCCAAUAAUAUGCACAAUUGAAAAAAAUAUUUCCCAAUAGAAAACUUAUUUUUUUUCUACUGCUUGCUUGAUUUUUAUUUGAUUACUUUUGAGUAGUUCUGCUGACUUGACUGCACAAGGAGCUCUUUUUCCAUGAAGAAGUAAAUGAUGAAUUAUUUUGUUUCAGGCCUUACUGUAGCAGCCUGAUAUCAAUUGAGGUCAAUAGUGCUUUACAAUGUAUUAUAAUUUAUGACAUUCUGUAGAGUUCUGCACAUGGAUUCUGUUAACUCCAACCUGAUUCAGUAAUAAAAUCCAGAUGACCUCAUUCAUUCAUACCUAAUGUGUGUUGCUGUGGUUUGCUUUUACACUCUCCUGUUACGAAACAUGACGAAAGACAAAACAGUUCCCCAAUACUAGAGCCUCCAAAAGAUCACAAGGUAAAAAGAAUAAAAUAAAAAUAAACCACUGAGUCAGGUGAGAGAGGGAUGGAUUGUUGUCAUUGUGUGUACAUGUGCACACAUGCUUCUUUGUUUAUUCCGCCUUGUAGCUGUAAACGGCACACAUUUGCACAAGCCUGUUGCACAGUACUUUCAUACCCUUUUUGUACUGAGACUUAUAAAAUAAACGGCUUGAAUGGAACACUCAA